AUGGUCACCGCUACUCCCACUCGCCGGCUCCUAUGCCUCACCAUGUUGGGGUACAAGAAACCAGGACUCACUGAGGAAGAGCUCUGCGAUUUCCAAGUCAACAAGCAUUCUCAGUUGGUCUCCGGGCUGAUGCAGAAGUACGGAGUAGUCCGUUACAGUAUUACGCAUAACGCCGCUAAGCCGAUGGACUUGCUCCCUCUUCUGUUCGAUCCCAACUAUGUCGAGUACUCGGACCAUGACUUUAUAGUGCAGAUUAUCAUCCCAAGUCUUGAAUCUUUUAUCGCCCUCAAAGAGGAUCCGAUCUACAAGGAGCGUGUUGCCAUGGAUCACUUGAAUUUUGCGGAUCGCACUGAUCGUGCUCGUCGGACACGUAUGAGCCUCGGGUACGUGCACGAAAUUAUCCGCGACGGCCAGGCAGUUUACGUGGAUGACAUGAGUGUGGUGCAUUGUCAGGUCAACAACGAACUUUUGGACUCUAAUGGCACAUUUGCCAGUGCUUAG